AUGUUAUCUUUAAGAGUCACGACAAGACUUAUACGACGUCCUUUACUACUCAAUUGUAUUCGUCUUCAAUCCAAAAAAUCAGAUUAUUCGAAUAUCAAUGAAGCAAAACUACGGAAAAUUAUUGAAGGUACAAAUUUCGGAUCAGAAUCAUUAAAUCAAAAACAGAAAGAAAUUGAUGAAGAAAGGAAAAAAUUAGAAAAAGAGAGAGAAGUCAGUAGGAAACUUAAAGAAAAAGAAGAGCAAGAAAAGGAGAAAGCAGAAAAAGAAGAAAGACAAGCUAACCUCAAAAAAGCUAAUGAAAAUAAUGAAGCAAAAUUCACAACCACUGAUGAUGGUCAAUUAAAAGGGACUGCGAAAGAAACAAAGAAUACAAAUAUAAAAAAUGAAGAUAACGACAAUAUCAAAUUACGAGUGGAAGAUAAAAUCAUAGCCACCACAGAAGACUCAAUUGAUGAUUCUGAGAUUCCUAAUCUAGCUAAAGAAAUUAAUGAAUCUAUACAGAAAGAGAUUGUGGGAUUACCAUCACAGAAGGCCAAGAAUCAAAGUAAUAUUACAAAAAAAGUUUCAAAAUACUUAGAUUCAGCUCAUGAUACAAUUUUGACUGUUACAAGGGCCCUAAAUGAUGUUACUGGAUAUUCAGCAAUUGAAAAAUUGAAAAAAUCAAUUAAUGAACAAGAAGAUGAUCUAAGAAAAGCCAAAGAUUUUGUCAAGAAAUGUAAAAUUGAAUAUGGAGUAGCAAUUCAAAAUAGAUCUCACUCUCAAAGAGAAGUAAAUGAAUUAUUAACAAGAAAACAUAAUUGGUCACUGAAAGAUUUAGAAAGAUUUACAGAGUUAUAUAGAAAUGAUCAUGAAAAUGAGAAUCAGGAACAAGAAUGUGAAAAAAAUUUACAAGAUGCAGAACUGAAAGUUGAUGGUAUACAAUUAAAAUUAACUCAACUGAUUUUAACUAGGUAUCAUGAAGAACAAAUUUGGUCCGAUAAAAUUCGAAGAUCUUCAACUUGGGGUACAUGGGUAUUAAUGGGUCUAAAUGUUUUACUUUUUGUAUUUGCAAGUUUUAUUGUUGAACCUUGGAAGAGAAAAAAAUUAGUGUUGGGAUUUGAGGAAAAAGUGAAGAAUGUUGUAGUUGGUAUAAGUCAACAAAAUGAAGCAAUUUUAGAACCGAUUAUAAGUCAAUUGGAACCAAAUGAUGGAAAAGUAAAAAUUCCAGAGGUAGUACACGUUCCUGAAAAGGUAGAUGUUUCUGACGAAGUAAACCUAAUUGAGGAAGCACCAAGUACCAACUUCAAUGAGAAUAGCACUUAUUUUCAAAUUAUCAAUAACGGUUGGUCAAAUGUCAAAAAAUCUUGUAUCAGAAAUUAUCAAGCUUUAAUCUCACCAAAUAUUCAAUCUUUAAACUUUGAUAAACUAGAAUUGGGUGUAUAUACUUUAAUGGUAAGUUUGUUAUCAUGUGGAAUGUUUAGUAUUAUAACGAUACUAUUUAAAAAUUAA